AUGGAGCGGUCGGGGAGCAACGGGAGCUGCCCCGGCUGCCGGCCGGAGCGGGGUCCGUCGGUGCGGGCCGCCACCGUCCUGGCGGCCGCGCUCAUCUUCACCAUCGUGGUGGACGUGCUGGGCAACGCGCUGGUCAUCCUCUCGGUGCUGAGGAACAAGAAGCUCCGCAACGCCGGUAACAUCUUUGUCGUCAGUUUGUCUGUCGCAGAUCUUGUUGUUGCAGUUUAUCCAUACCCUCUGAUCUUGAGUGCUAUUUUCCACAAUGGAUGGACUAUGGGAAAUGUUCACUGCCAGAUAAGCGGGUUCCUGAUGGGCUUAAGUGUCAUCGGGUCCAUUUUCAACAUCACAGUGAUUGCAAUCAACCGCUACUGCUACAUCUGUCACAGCCUUUGGUAUGAUAAACUCUUCAAUCUGAAGAACACCUGCUGCUAUCUCUGCCUGACCUGGAUACUCACAGUAGUGGCAAUUGUGCCAAACUUUUUCGUUGGCUCCUUGCAGUAUGAUCCCCGGAUUUACUCCUGCACCUUUGCCCAGACAGUGAGCACAUCAUACACCAUCAUAGUGGUGGUGGUUCACUUCAUUAUCCCACUGUCCAUUGUGACAUUUUGCUACCUACGGAUCUGGAUUUUAGUGAUUCAAGUCAAACACCGGGUGAGACAAGACUGCAAGCAGAAGCUCAGAGCAGCUGACAUCCGGAAUUUCUUGACUAUGUUUGUCGUUUUUGUUCUUUUCGCUGUGUGCUGGGGACCGUUAAACUUUAUUGGCCUUGCUGUUUCAAUUAAUCCUUUAAAAGUGCAGCCACACAUUCCAGAAUGGCUUUUUGUCCUGAGCUAUUUUAUGGCGUAUUUUAACAGCUGCCUCAAUGCUGUGAUCUAUGGGCUUCUUAACAAGAAUUUCCGGAAGGAGUAUAAAAGGAUACUGCUGACACUCCAGACUCCCAGGUUGCUGUUCAUUGAUGUGUCUAAGGGUGGGACAGAAGGGAUGAAAAGCAAGCCAUCUCCAGCCAUAACAAACAACAGCUACCAAGCUGAAAUACACUUAUGAGUCAGAACAGUACUAUUUAUUCUGGAUUUCAGUUGUAUAUUUAAGAGCCUCUCUACAUGUGCGUUUCACAGCUAGUGUUGCUGGGCCCCUCAUGCAAGGAAGGAGUCUGCUACCUUUCAUGUUUAGCUUAUUGCUGCGACAUCAAGGCUUUGAGUAAGGAUUUUCAGAAUGGAAAUGACUGAUCUUUAUCUUUUUUUUUUUUUUUUCAGAUGCUAUCUUUCACCAUGUGCCUAAUUAAUUGGUUUGGUUGCUUUUGCCACAAGCAUGCCAAUACUCUUGGAAAGGGAAGUGUACAGGGUGCAUAGAGAAAUGCAGUUAUGCUUGAAAUGCAACCUUUAAGAACUGGUAAAAUCACGAUUUAUUUCAGACAAACCUUUUUUCCCUCCCUAUGAAUUCUAUUUUUUUAGCAUUAACAAAACCCAAAUUAUAGCAAACAAAAUGUAAACUGCAUGAUUUUUUACGCUUUCAGUUAUGUAACAGUAUUAGCCAGCAGGCCUACAUAUGGGCAUUGAUGACUUCCACUGCGUGUGCAUUCAUUUUCCUUUUUCUUUUCUCCUAAGGUUUAGAAGCUAGCCUUGGCUAAAUGUGAGGCUGGAAAAAGCCAGACCUAGUGAGUGUCUAAUGCACUCAUUUUAAUUUAAUAUCUACAGAUAUUAAGUACCCUUGCACUCUUCUUCCCAGCCCAUGAAUAAGAAUAUAACAUAUGAUUGCGAAAAGAUACUUGGAGCCUGAUUCUAAUUUAGGUAGUAUCCUGUCAUGGCCAGCAUUCAUUCCAAAUGCCUUUCAGAAGUCCCUGCUACAUGAACAUCAUAAAAAAAGAUGAGCAUAGCAGAGUCCCAUCUGUUUAAUGCAGAUGCUGGCUUUUAAGUUCCAGGAAUAUUUACCCUUGCAGACAAAGGGAGAAGGAGAAGGAAGUGUUUGUUUCAAACAUACCUCCUUUUGCCUACCACAUAGCAUGAAUUUCACAGGGAGGAAAAAAGGUGGAGAAUUUUCUUCCAUUUUAUGCAUGUACAAAUUUAUAAUUAAUUCAUGAAGCUGGGAGAGGAAAGCUACUUAAGCAUAUUCAUGCAUCAAUUCUCAGUUAAAGCCUGAACUAUGUUGUCUGUGUCAUUGGAAACAAUGUCCUGAAGUGCUGGGAAGGCCAGUAUCACAUUAGUAACAAGAACAUGUGCAAAGAGAAUGCUGUUUCUUUAAUGGAGUGUGAGGGAGAAUGACAGCAGCUGUCUGCAAACAUGAAUUCUUUUUUCCUUCACUUCACUGUGAAUUCAUCUCCUUAUGGUUUUAAAUGUGUGUAUCUUGCUUUGAAACAGUCCCAUAAAAUCAACAGGUAAAACUCCCCUGGUUGCAACUGUACCUUCAAGCUAGCAGACCUGGUUUGAUGCUGGUGGGAGAGGCACAGCAGGAGCCGAGUGAUGGAGAGGAGGAGGUCUGAGCCCUGUGGGUCUAAUGAGGGUAGCAGUCAGCCCUGCCUCUAAUCAGAGUGCAGUCCUCUCUCCUUGAUCAGUCAAAGCAGGACUAGUUCCCAGGGCUGAACCCUGAAACACCAAGAACCAUACUUUGCAAUAGCAUGUAUGUGCCUAGAGAUGGUGGUAUGUAGGAUUUACAAAAACCCUGAGCUAAGUGCUACUCCUUAGUGAAGUUAACAAGCCAUUUGUGCACUGCUUGCUGAAAGCAGCUUGUUCCUGAAUGAUACUUCUGCUGAUUUUUGGGUUGGGGGAAGAGGAGUUCAGUGAAAUGAAAUCCUUUUAUGAAGUGGGGCAAGAAACAUUGCAUGGUGCAUUGCUUCAGUGGCCAGGGGGGAUUAGGGGGAGGUGUCUCUGCAUUUACAGGGCAGACUGGCACUUCAUGAAGUUUCAGACUUGAACAUAGCCACUUCACAUGAUUAUUAUUUUAAAAUGUACUGCAGCCACCCUCCCAUAAUAGGAAUCAAUCUGAGUUCUGUUUUGGCCUCUUAAUCUGCCUGAGCAUGGCCAAAUAAAGGUAUCUUGACCCAUGGAAAUAAUGUGGUCCGUUUGCCUUCCAGCAAAACCAGCCUGGAUGAAUUCACACCAUUCCAUGCAAACGAAAUAAUUUUUAGUCAAACUUGGAUAAGAAAAGCACUGUGGAAUCCAAAACUGCACCGAGUGUUUGUCCUGUCAUGCCAAGGAGAUGACCUGUGUUCUGUGACUAGCCUUCAAAGCCUGUGGCAAUUAGCCACAAUGGUGUUAGUUAGAAUCACAUUAGCAAAUAAUUUUAAGCAUCUAGUGCCAAGCCAAACAUGCUCCUUUCAAUCAUGAAGAAUCUUGUACAGGUUUGCCAGGUAUCUCGAAUACCCCACAACUGGGGCUUCAUUUUAUGGAUCCUUGUCUUUUUAACUGAAUGAUCAGUGAAGGCAAUGUGUUUAUUUUUUUUUUUUUUUUAUUUAUUUAAGCUUAUAUCUGCACUAUUUCUCAUUCAUGCUCCAAAGUAACAGCCAGCGAGCAUUUGAACUAAACAAAGUAAGCCAAAGAGGUCCCGAACAGGCAAGCUGUGGGAGUCUCUGCUAGUACCUGGUAGGAAGGAGAGCAGCAGGAGCACGAUAGGGCAUCUCCCCAGGACUCACAGAGAGUCACUGCUGAACCAAACUAUGCAAAAUGAUUGGGGGAUCUGUUCGUCCUCCACUGCAGGGUCUGAACUCGACUCCUGCCCAGGUCUUUGAAGGGGACAGGCUGAGUACGUGCCGUGCUGAGGUGGGUCCUGAGCAGCUCCCUGCAGGGCGGUGCUUAGGAUAAGAGAGAUUUUUAUACUGACUUAUUUUAAAACUACCCAAGCAGCUCCUUAUUAUUAUGUUAAGAAAUCAUUAACAGUGUACAGAGAGUUUAUUUUGUUAACAUUUGUUUACAGAUAAAGGGAAGUGUGUCUUAAACUGGGAAUCCUGAGCAGUGUCAGUGUUUCCCAUUGAGAAACUAGCUUUAAUCAAACUUUGAGCUUUCAAGGAGAUCCCACCAAUUAAAUAAUGCUCUGCCUAUUCCACCUGUUGCAUACUUGGCCUUAAGUCUUAGAAAUAACACUGAGAUCUCCUAUAAACUAGUUUUAAAUCACUUGCUCUGGAUUUGACAUGGUGGUGUUAAAUACCUAUUCUAGCCCCAAACUCUAAACUUGUCUAGGUGGACAUAAAUUUAUGAUGAGGCAGUAUUGCUGUGAAGAAAGAUGAAUCUCUUGCCACAAAGAUAUACUUUUGGCUGUUGCUAAUGAAUAUGGUUUAUUUAAGAAGAAAGUAACCAGUAUAUUUAUAUAUAAAUAUAUACUGCAUAUGCUGUUUCCAUUUUGUCAUUUGAUUAAGAAACCUUCAGUAUAAUUUCCUAUUGCUGUUUUUGUUCACAGUGUAGAUUCAUUCCCUUUACCUGUUAAAACUGUAAUAAAUCUGCCACUGGACCACUUGAUUUUUUUUUUCCACUUGUAGCUCUUUUUUAACAAAUGUUUUGAACAACAGCUGGGGUUUUGUUGUCUCCAAGAAAGCAGAUUGAACUGAUGAAUGCAACUGAGUUCAGGCAUACUUCAUCUGCCCAGCUCUGACCUGCAAGAGAAUGACCCAGUGCAUCUGGAACAUCUCCUUGGAUUCAUAUGUUUUUCUUCCACCUCGCUGUGAGCCAGUUGCCUGCUUGGACUAUGGCAUUCCUCAUCAGGGAAGAAUCUUUCUCCACACCACGAAUGGUCUAAAACCUCUGACACCAUCUAAGGCCCUUUCCCUUUCCUGUGUCUAUGUCUAACAAGUGAACGCAAUGGAAGGAAGGACUGUGUCGCGUAUAUUUCCUUGUACUACAAACUGUGUUGUAGCUGGGAACGAAAGCACAGCUUUCACUUGGGACCUCCCCGGGCUGCAGGGGGACAGCCCGCACUCUCACCACCGGCUGAGAGGAGUCUCUGCUCCGGUAGCACUGCCUCGUCGCCCUCCUCCUCCUCGCCCAGUCGGGCCUGGGUGUUUAGGGAGCCGUGUCCCCCUCCCAACUCCUCCUCACAGCCCCCACUCCUCCCCUCAGGUCGCCCUUCGGAAACGCAUUAGCCCAGAGGGCAGACACACAAAGGGUAAAUGUUUUGCAGACAAGUUCACAGCUACUGUGAAAUUAAAUAUUCAGUUAUAUUACCUGCUGGGUUUCAUCAUUCAGAAAGAUACCUGGAGCGUUUGUAACCAUCCUUUCCUAAAUGAUUUAACUGCUUUUAAAGGACCAUAGUCAGCUGUGUGGAAUUCCACUUAAAUCCCUGUGCCUGGUCUUUAUUACUGCCAGGUUCAGUCAAGCAGCUCAUUCAUACAGUGACUUCUUUGGCUCUUUGCCACGUGUCUUAGAUACCUGCUUCUAUCCCUUGCCCUGUCACUGGGGCAUGGGUGAUUUCAGUGCUCAAAUAUGGCCCUAAAAGGCUAUAUUCCAAUGGUGUUAGGCAAGAAUCCUGAGAAAAUGGGCCUGAGUUGAGAGACCCCCUCAGCAGUGGACUAGGCUGGGCAAGGCAUCUUGGAGCACGUGCCUGGCUCCCACUGGACUGCCUUUGGCUCUAACUGGGAUAUCAGAAUAUUAUUGUUAUGCCAGUAAAGAAUAAUUAGCAUGAUGAUAUUUCUUUCUGUGAAGGGAAGUGCAAUCACUUCUUCAUUUGUUGUAUUUCUAAUAACAAGCUGGUUAAAUCAGUUAUUAAUUCAGGUGAAAUGAAGGUUUUCAUUUCAUGCCCUCUAUUCUUUUAGCACUAGAGGGUAUAAGUCAAAAGGGAAAAGUAACACCAAUAAAGCCUGCGAAGCUGAAGAUGAACAGUGAUUGCUCUGAGGGCUCCCUGGUCAUGGGAUCGACGUGUUUGGUCAGUCCAGAGCUCUGCAAUCAUGCCAGUAGCACCAACCUCCUGGCUUGGGACUGAAGGCUUGGCCUGUGGGAUGCACUUCUGCCACAGAGUCCUUUGAAGCAUACAGCACUGCUUGGGAAAGUCAGUGGAAGAGGCUUUGGUAGCCAGCAAAACUCUGGUCAGUGCUCAUCCAAUGUUUAUUUUUAGGUCUUUUCUUGUCAAGCAAAAAUAUGCUUGGGACUCUAGUGAUGGCACACAGGGUCUAAGGAGUCUGGAAUAAAGACUGAAACAUGCCAGAAUUACUGCUUCAGUCUUUUCUUGUCUCUGCUUCUGUUCUAUUGACUGUCUCUGGCCAGUUCCAGAUUGAGGGGGUACCUGGAGCAUCAGUAACCAGGUGGCUUUACUGUUGUGGGACUGCAGCAAAGCUGAGUGCAGAAAAUGUUAAGAAAUACCAAGCAGGUAUUUGCAGUGAGGAGGUGAAAAAUUGCAUUUAUUGAUUACUUUUUAGGGUGAAUCAAUCGUAAAAAGAAGAGUCAAAAAGACUCUUUUAAUUAUAACAUUAUUAAGACUUAAAUUGGGCAAACUGCCAUUAUAGCAAUUACUCUACUUUGGUGUUCUUAAGGUUGUCUAUUAGGCAGGGUUAGGAGGUGAAACCAUUUAUUUCCUCUACUAUCCAAAUAAUACAUGUCCUGUAACAUUCAGUAAGGCUAGACUCUUCAAAAAGAUCAGAAGCUCAAUUAUUCAUGCUCUAUAUUAACAUCAAUAUUUCAUGGUGAAAAAGAAGCAUUUAUGUGAGCCUGGUGAGAUUUUUAAGCCUCCUUUAUUUUGUGUUGAUUUAGGGAAGUUUAACUCAAAACAGACUGAUAGCAUGGACUUGAUUCAUGUGAAGUUGUUCUGCACAGUUAAGACCUUUAAAACAAGAUGAUGGGACCAUGCCAUGCUUGAUCCUCAUCGUGGUGCAGAUUCCUCCUGUAAAUAUGAUAGAGGACACGGAGCUCUUGAGACAUGAUGGGAAGUCGUGCUGUUAACUUAGCAGGAAGCUGGAGCAGAUCCCAUCCUGGGUGAUGUUCAACUCAGCACCUCAGUUUUGAUUUAUUUGUGCACACAAUUACAAAUAAUGUAGGUGUCCAGAGGAAAGCUUUACUGAAAUACAGGUCACAGAGCCCAGCAGAGUUCUUCAGAGGCGUUGUCUUGUUAAUCUUCAGAGUCUAAUCUUGGAGGGUCAUAUGAUCUCAUCUGACAAAUGAGAUGGAAGUGGUUGUUCUGGCCAUCAUAUUGGCUCUCAUGUGUUCAAAUUUAUAAGCCUAUAUUUGAAUUUUAGUAGUUUAUUCUAGCUCUGGGGAGGAGGGAUUUAAAUCCCUGGAGUAGGCUGAAUUCCUCUGUUGGUUAGCACUAUAACUGAAUCUAGAUAAAGGGAAAGAGCGGUUCAGAAAAGGCAGGAGACAUAAAACCUGGUGAUUUCUGCAGGGGCAAGGUCCACUGAGGUAGGCAGAGAGCCUUUACUGAAGGAAUUGUGGUGCUUUAGUCCUACAGUGUCAUUGAGUAUGUCUUCUGUCUGACAUGCCCUGGUCCUAACACAGUGGGAUGUUGAGGGGAGAGGCAGUGGCAGAAGAUGAAGAUGCACCAAAACACUUUGUCUCUUUCACUGAAACACUCCAUCCUUUCUAUUAACCCAAAUGCUUCCAUUUUUUUCUGAGUUACCUUUCUUGUCUGCACUCUUCUUCCUGUUCUCUUCAGGAAAAAAAAAAAAAAAUUGCUUUUUGGCUAAUUGAUUCUGAUCAGGUCACAGCUAUUCAAAAAACGAAAUCCAAACAAAACAAAUCCUCUUUCUGCAAUCUUCUCUUCAUGGCAUUGUUCAGCUUUGAUUUUGGUGAUUUAUUAGAGCAGUAGUGUUCGCAAUGCUGGAAUCAAAGGCCAGAUGGUACUUCAGUACAAACUUUCAUUCCCAGGAGUCUCGUAACUUGCCUGCAAAACAAAUAGCUGUUGUCCUGUUAAACUGAGGAAUUGUCUUAAAAAUAUGAAUGCCUUCUCUUCCCUCUUCCUUUCCAAGCCCUCCAAGCCCUUCCCCAAUACUCCUUCCAAAAUUUAUGCAUACUGCAAGCAAGUAAACAGUUGUUGUUAGCAGGAGGAAUGUUCAAGAGGCUACUCUGUCAUGGAGGAUCCUGUUUGUGUCCCCAUCGCUCAUAAUUGCAGCCAGCUAUGUCACACAGACUAUCAUAAGCAGAACAAACUCUAUCUUAAACCCAGAAAGGAUGUUGUUGCCUUUCCAGCUCCUACAAGGCUGUUCUAGUGCUUCUAAUUUUCCAGUCAAAAUGGAAACUUCCCCGGGUAUGUCAAUGUUUUUGUUGCACUAUUUUUCAUUUUAGGUAGCUUUUUCUCAUUUUCAAUGUGUUUAUCUCACUGUUGUAUUUCAAUAAAGUUGCUACAUCUCUCUUUAUUCAUGCCUUAGUUAAUGCUGUCAGGUUCUGUUUCCA